AUGCUCAUUCUUCUAUUGGCCUUGAUGAUUUGCAAUUCGCUUCAGGACAUCGCAAUUCAGAAGUGCUAUCAGACGGUGAAGCUUCAAUCCUACGGAAAUGUCACGUUUUUCAAAACUCUCGAAUUCGGCGAUAGCGUGAUACUCAGUGGAACGACGACGAGCGCAUUCACAUUCGGCUUCUUCAAUACAAGAAACGAGUACGAAAUCUGGUAUCGAAACGACUACAGUUCCAGAGUGAAUUAUACCACAUAUAACAAUCGUACAUUUCCGGCGACAUUCGAAAUCGUGAACUUGCCAAUGAUGGAGACUGGCGAGACUUUUGUGCUAGAAUUGCGCUAUACAAAAAUGGGCCUUAGGUUCUUCAAAAAUGGAAUCGACAAAUCGUUUUAUGCUCUAUAUAUUGUGAAUCUGAAUCUCAAUAAGAUGUAUGUGCAAGGCGUCAACAAUUGUCAAGUUCAUCUCCAAUGCUUAUGUCGGACUCCAAAACGAACGAAGACACAUUUGGAGUAUUGCUUAAGACUUCGGGAUUUCAAUGCGAAAACGUUUUGA